AUGCCGAUCCGCCUGUCCUCGGCCAGGCGAGCAUGCUCGACGUUGCUUGGAGAAGUUUGGCAGUGUCACCUUCUGAGAACCCUUGUCGCAUUCCGGCUGACUGCGUCGGUGCGGACAGGUAUCGACGUGUCUUCUUGUGCCGAGGCCAAGGAGGCUGUUCGACGUUGCAAUCGGUGCAAAUUCUUGAAGAACAAGGACAAAUGGUUUGGCCGACUGCUGUACCGUGACGGUGAUGUGCAGAGCACUUGGCUUUGCGAAGCACCGCCGACCCAGGCUUGGGGCCUAGGCUGCAAGCUGUGCCGGGCGAAAUGUGCAGCCCCAGAGCAGUCCUCCUCGCCCUUCGUACGGUUCACGAAGGGAUCCGUCUGCAGGGAAGCGCCUCCUACGCAACUCAUGGUUUUUACUUUCUGGGCAUCUCGUCUUUCCUUUGCCUUCUCAUCUGAGGUGCCUCUUACUCGUUUCGGAGAUGUUCUUCAGCUUCAAGAUUUAAAGCGCCACGAGGAAACCGACCUCCACGUCAGCAGCCUCUUGGUCGAGCAGCCCGUGGAGGCCGUUUCUGCGAAGGCCGAUGCCACGGCUCCGACUGCCGGCCAGGUUCACUUGGCCAUUCAGGUCCUAAUGGAGCCCCGCAGCGGGCAAUCCGUCGGCUACGCCUCGCGGUGCGAGCUGGCUCAUCGUUCAGACCCAGGUAACUUCCCGCUACAAAGAGCAUCCCCGUGUGAGCACUCGAAGAUCAUUUCAGCGCUGGCAGCCGUCUACACGGUGGACGGCGAAAGGGCAGAGGGCCAGAGGAAUCAUGCCUUGCUUGUGUACGACAACGAGGUGCUGCAUGCACAGCGCUCAGAGGUGUUGUCGCCCUCAAACAUUCGACUUCUUGCCCUCGCCACCGAGUGGCUGACGAUGGCAAGCCGGUUCGUGCACGAGUACGAUCGGGGAAGCACAAAAGAAGGUGCAGAGCCUGCCCAAACCUCUGCCGUCGCCAAUGUUGCCCGCUGCUCUCGCCUCACGCUGGCCCUUGAGCAGGACCACGCAGGGCUUUCGGUGUCUUGCCAGUUCUUCUUCAGCGGCGGACUUGCUGUCUCAUUCUUAAGCCCGAGGACUUGA